CGGCGGAAAUCGGAAAAUAUUCGAGCAGUCGACAGCUGGGUGAGGGGUGGGGGGAGAGAGGGAAGGAGAGAGCGAGUUGGUCACAACUCCGCUUCACGGGCAGCGCCGCAGAGCCCGGCGCCUCAGUCUCUCUUUUGCCUCCGACUAGCUCGGCAGCCCGCUCCCUCUGGCCGCUCAGAAAAUAAAGAAUGAGGAAGAGUUGCAAUUGCACCCUUUUGUACUCGGAACUGCAGAUCCGCUGAUAACAUCACUUAUCUGAUUAUUCCGACCAUACCGGUUUAAAAAAAGCGCGUGUGCAUGGGAAUCUCGGAGGCUUCCGCAGCUCUUCCUGCUUUCGUAUAAAAACCAAAACGAAUGCAAGCGGUGGUGCCACUUACGCCUGCCGCUACUGCCACCGCUACCAGUGCAACGGCUGCAUCCACUACUGACACCAUCCUCUGCCGUGUGUGAUUUCGGAGGAAAGGCGUGGGAAUAGCUGGACAGUAGAAUUCUUGUUGGCAUCAUGGAACGGUCACAGAUGUCAUUCUUUCUGUCCUUUGGUUUUAAGCUUGCCAUUGUACUGGCAGUCUUGUUCUUAAAACUUCCACAUGCCGCUUCAGAGAACCCAGAACAGACCCCGGAUCCAGAAAUGCAUCCGACUAUGAACAGCUCCUCCAGCUGCACUGGAACCUAUGAGUGUGCACCUGGCGUGCUGCUGCCGGUGUGGGAGCCCCAGAAUCCAUCUUUUGGGGACAAAGUGGCGAGGGCUACGGUCUAUUUUGUGGCCUUGGUUUACAUGUUCCUGGGAGUUUCAAUCAUUGCCGACCGCUUCAUGGCAUCCAUUGAGGUCAUCACAUCACAGGAGAAGGAGAUAACCAUCAAGAAGCCCAAUGGCGAGACGACAACAACCACCGUGCGGAUAUGGAAUGAGACCGUGUCCAAUCUCACUCUGAUGGCCCUUGGUUCCUCAGCCCCCGAAAUCCUGUUGUCUGUCAUUGAAGUGUGUGGACACAACUUCAACGCCGGAGACCUUGGCCCCAGCACUAUUGUAGGCAGCGCUGCUUUCAACAUGUUUGUCAUCAUUGGCCUCUGCGUCUAUGUCGUCCCCGAAGGAGAACAUCGGAAGGUCAAGCAUCUCAGGGUCUUCUUCAUGACAGCCUCCUGGAGCAUCUUUGCCUACAUCUGGCUUUACUUGAUUUUGGCCGUCAUCUCUCCAGGCGUGGUUCAGGUGUGGGAGGGGUUGCUGACUCUGUUUUUUUUCCCCCUGUGUGUCAUGUUUGCAUGGAUUGCAGACCGCCGCCUUCUGUUCUACAAGUAUGUGUACAAACGCUACAGAGCUGGGAAGCAACGUGGGAUGAUCAUAGAGACCGAAGGUGACCGGCCGCUUCCAUCAAAGGUCGACAUCGAGAUGGACGGCAAGAUGCUGAACUCUCACGCCGUGGACUUUCUGGAUGGAACCCUGGGUCUGGACUUGGAUGACAAAGACCUGGAUGAGGAGGAAACCAGGAGAGAUAUGGCUAAAAUUCUCAAGGAGCUGAAGCAGAAGCACCCUGAUAAGGAAGUAGAGCAACUAAUUGAGCUGGCUAACUACCAGGUCCUGAGCCAACAACAGAAAAGCAGAGCCUUCUAUCGCUGUCAGGCUACGAGGCUCAUGACCGGGGCGGGGAACAUUCUGAAGAAGCACGCUGCCGACCAGGCCAGGAAGGCUGUCAGCCUGCACGAGGUGCGCCCCGAAGUGGCGGACAAUGACCCAGUCUCCAAAAUCUUCUUCGAUCCGGGCUCGUACCAGUGCUUGGAGAACUGCGGUACCGUGGCUGUGAACGUCCUAAGGCGUGGUGGCGACUUAGGCAAGACGAUUUCGGUGGACUUCAGGACUGAGGAUGGCACUGCCAAUGCUGGGUCCGAUUAUGAGUUCACAGAGGGUGUCGUGGUCUUCAAGCCUGGAGAGACACAGAAGGAGAUCCGGGUGGGCAUCAUUGAUGACGACAUUUUUGAGGAGGACGAAAACUUCUUGAUCCACCUGAGCAACGUGAAGGUGGUGUUGGAGGGCAACGAAGAUGAGAACCAGGAAGCCAAUCAUGUGGAGACCGUGGCCUGCUUGGGGAUGCCUUCCACUGCCACCGUGACCAUCUUUGAUGACGACCACGCUGGCAUCUUCACCUUUGACGAUCCAGUGACACAUGUGAGCGAAAGCGUUGGCAUUAUGGAAGUGAAAGUGCUUCGCACCUCAGGGGCAAGGGGCGUGGUUGUUGUCCCAUACAAGACCAUCGAAGGUACAGCAAAGGGGGGAGGGGAGGACUUUGAAGAUUGCCAUGGAGUUCUGGAGUUCCAGAAUGACGAAAUAUUCAAAACUAUAAAGGUCAAAAUUAUUGAUGACGAGGAGUAUGAGAAAAACAAGGCCUUCUUCCUUGAAAUCGGCGAGCCCCGCCUGGUGGAGAUGAGUGAGCAGAAAGAGGAAGGGGAGCCAAUCGGUGAGGAGGAGCCCCUCACCGGGAAGGACGAGGAGGAGCGCCGCAUCGCCGAGAUGGGCCGGCCCAUGCUGGGUGACCACCCGAAACUGGAAGUGAUCAUCGAGGAGUCCUAUGAGUUUAAGAACACUGUGGAUAAGCUGAUCAAAAAGACGAACCUGGCCUUGCUAGUGGGGACAAACAGCUGGAGGGACCAGUUCAUCGAGGCCAUCACUGUCAGUGCCGGGGAGGACGACGACGACGAAGACUGUGGCGAAGAAAAGCUGCCCUCCUGCUUUGACUACGUCAUGCACUUCCUGACAGUGUUCUGGAAGGUUCUGUUUGCCUUCGUGCCACCCACAGAUUACUGGAAUGGCUGGGCGUGCUUUGUGGUCUCCAUCAUCAUGAUCGGUGUGCUCACCGCCGUCAUCGGAGACCUGGCGUCCCACUUUGGCUGCACCAUUGGGCUGAAGGACUCUGUCACCGCUGUGGUGUUUGUGGCUCUUGGCACCUCUGUACCUGAUACCUUCGCCAGCAAAGUGGCCGCCAUCCAAGACCAAUACGCUGACGCCUCCAUCGGCAACGUGACCGGCAGCAAUGCGGUCAACGUGUUCCUGGGCAUCGGCGUGGCCUGGUCCAUCGCCGCCAUCUACCACGGCAGCCACGGCAGGAGCUUCAUGGUGGAUCCGGGCAGCCUGGCCUUCUCCGUCACCCUUUUCACCAUCUUCGCGUUCAUCUGCGUCGGCGUGCUCAUGUACCGGCGGCGGCCCGAGAUCGGCGGCGAGCUGGGCGGCCCGCGGACUCCCAAAGUGCUCACCACCCUCCUCUUCGUCAGCCUCUGGCUCCUGUACAUUCUCUUCUCAUCCCUGGAGGCGUACUGCCACGUCAAGGGCUUCUAAACAGACCCCGCUUCAAUCAAAUCAAACGAAUCAACAGAAAAGCAACAGCGGAAAAAAGUUUUCACAAAUUUUUUGAUCUUCUCCAAGCUCCCCCACCCCUCCACCCCCCC